AUGCAAGAUCGUACUACAACCAUGUCCCGAGCAUCAAGUGAAUCCAGCAUGAGAUCAAGGGCAUCAACUCCAUCACAUGAACAUCAAACAAACGUUCAUGAUCCUCAUAAUAUUUUGUCGUAUCAAUUCGAUGAAUGUUUUGCGUGGGGGAUGAACAAUUUGCAACUAGGAACCCAACAAGAUAUAAAUCAAGACUCUCUCAUCAAUGUUGUUUCAGUUCCGACAAGAAUUAACAAUGAACAAUUUUUAAGUAGUAAUGAACAAAUUGGAUUCGUUGCAUCCGGAGGCAGUCACACAGUCAUAAUUACAACCAACCAUCGAGUACUUUCAUUUGGAAAAAAUCAAAAUGGGCAACUUGGUCAUGGUAAUUUUGAAGACUCAUCCUCUCCAAAGGAAGUACAGUUCGAUUUAAUGGAUGAUGUUAUUGUUUACAGUGCUUGCGGUGAUCGCCACACAGUGUUUCUUAGCAACAAGGGGAGAGUGUAUGUUUGUGGAGCAAAUUUCAACUAUCAACUAGGAUUAGGUCACAUGAGCAACGUUUCAUCUCCAACACUUGUGGAACAAAUGAUGUCAAGAAAAAUUCGACGAGCAUCGUGUGGAGCUAGGCAUACAGUGCUUAUUACAGGAAAAGGAAAAAUAUUUACUGCUGGUUUGGGAGCAUUUGGACAGCUCGGACAUGGUGAUUUCGAAGAUCAACCAUACUUUAGACAUGUGGAGGAUAUCGAUUGGUUAUGCUCUUCAUGUUCAAGCAAGGAACAUGUUAAUGUUGCAUUGAGUUCAAAUUACGAAGUGUACCAAUGGGGAGGCAGAAGCGUUGACUCUGAAAGUGAGCAAAUUAAGGAUUGUGUCCCUACUCUUUUGUUUAGUUCUCUAAACGGACGUAGAAUUGUUCAAAUUGCAGCAAGCACGUAUCAUGCGUUAGCUAGGACUUCAGAUGGAAGUGUGUAUUGUUGGGGUUACAAUCUUGACAAUGCUGGAUAUAUGAGAUUGUUGAAACAUAUUGAAAUGAGUGAUGAAAAUCUCCUACACAAGCCAUUCCUUGUGGAAUCAGAGAAACAACUUUCUGAGAAGUGUUUAGAUUUGUCACCCAAGUAUAUAAUUAGGAAAAAUGAUUUAACUGUUUAUAGAAACCACUUUUUCAGUAAUAAUAAGAUUGUAUGGAUUGCUUGUUCUGAAACCUGUAACUAUGUGGUGACAGAAAAGGGGGAUGUUUAUGUAUUUGGAAAAGGCAGUUAUGGAGAGUCAGGAUUGGGCGACGAUAGAACGAGUUACAUUGAUUAUCCAGAAAAAAUCGCUGUGUUGCAAGGAAAAAAAGUGGUAAGAGUGGUUGCUUCAACUCAUUCAGCAUUUGCUUUAACGAGCGAUAAUUCAAUGCAACAACAAGACGAUAAUUUAUUUUUCGAAAUGAAAUUAGAGCAAAAGCCACAAGAAAACCAGAAGUAA